UAGCUUCCACUUCCUAAUUAGAAUAGAUAAUUUUAAUAUUGGGAAGACGGAAAUUGAAUCGUAAUUAGUACGCAGGGAGAGUUGCCUACUUGCCGCCUCUCCCCGGCGUGUGGGGCACCGCGUUUUCUGCCUCUUUAUUUCUCUUCAGUGGAUUCUUGAGUACUCCACUCACGCCCAAGGGCGAAGAUGGCCGCUUCGCUUCCACUGCCGCUAUUUGCGCUUCUUCUCUCGUCUUCCAUCGUCGUCCUUUCUCGUGCAGCAGCCUACGAAACGAACACACUGAAAGUUGUUGAUCUAGGAAACCCAAGAAGAAUCCAGUUUAGCUCUCAGUAUGGACAUUCACCUGGCCGAGAUCCAAAAGAAGCAUUGUUCUGUGAACGCAUUAAAAUUUCAGGUCAAUCGAGACUGGAACUUGGUAGCUAUUCUAGCUCUCUCAGGGUUACACUCGCACCCUUUCCUGUUAUCCCUGAAAGACUUCAUCGAAGGAUUCAUGUUUGUUUCCACCGGAAUGCUUCACUUGGACGGUGUGAUUGCGAGAAAGAAGAUUGGAAAACGUUUCAAAAUGCUCAAUGGAGUUCAGUCAUGUCUCCUUAUCAGGAGAGAUAUAUUGAUGUGAAGACCACUGGAGGAAUAUCUGGUGGUGGUAUCACUGUCCAGCUUAAAGAAGAAUCACAACGGUGGCGUCUCUUGUGUCUGGCAGUGGGAUUCAUAUUGCUAUUGCUGGCACCAAUUGUCAGCAGCUGGGUUCCUUUCUAUUAUAGCACCUCAAUGGCUAUUGGCAUUUUCCUUGUCAUCAUCAUUCUUCUAUUUCAGGGCAUGAAAUUACUGCCGACUGGAAGGAAAAACAUCAUGUAUCUCUCAAUAUAUGGAUCAGUGCUUGGGGUUGGCACCUUCAUUUUGCAUCACAUAUCAGAGCUCAUCAAAUCUAUUCUUCUUAAUUUUGGGCUUGAUGAGGAGAUGCACAAUCCGGUCUACAUAUUUGUAUUAGUAGGCAUUGUGCUUGCAGGAGCAGGAUUAGGGUAUUGGAUGGUUAGAAAGUUUGUUGUUGCAAAAGAUGGAAGUGUGGACCGUGGUGUAGCAGAGUUUGUUAAAUGGGCUAUUCGAGCGAUUGCAACCACCUUUAUCUUCCAGAGCACACCUGAUCCUCCAUUAGCUUUGCUUACCGUGGUCUUAUCGUACACCAUAUCUUUCCUUAUCAUGAAGUGGCUAAGGCAACCUAGGUAUGAGUCAGGGACGGGUGCAGGAAAGCAGGGCCGUGCUGAAUUCUACAGCAGAUCAGCUGCAUCAGCAGCUAAAAAGAGCCCUGGAGGGAGAAUGCCAGGUGCUUGGAUGAACUCCCCAAUCAAAGGUUUGGUGACAUCAUCAUCUGCUGCUCGUGCGCAGCAUGGCAGCACUGUGAUGGACCAGGAUUAUUACUCGACCUUCCAUAAAACAGCAAAGAGGAAGAAGUUCACAAAGGAAGAAUGGGAUGAGUUUACACGGGAGUCAACGAAGGAAGCAAUGAGAGAAUGGGCAUCAUCUCCUGAAGUGGCCAGUUGGCUGAUCAACAAUGCUGACCGAAUUCAACUCCUUCCAAGUGAUUGCAGUUCGGACGAAGAGGCAUCUGGCACUGACAGUGAGACUGACUCAAUUGAGGAGAAUGGAUCGAGUAACCAGGGUGGUAAAGGGCUUAGCUCUUUAUUCAGCUGGUGA